AAGGAAAGCCAAGGAUGUGGCCCAGUUAUCGUUGAUCUAGCGUCCCCCAGUCAUCCCGCCGGAGUAUUGGAACCUUCACGUUGCCAGCUCUUUCAAGAUGGCGGCGGCUUCCAAGGCUUCUUUGUUCGGUACAUUAUUUCUGCUCUUUUCUCGGCUUUGAACGGACGAUCGCUUCAUCUAGCCAUUUUUCCGAACUUGAAAAAAUAUAUCAGUAUUUAUGGGCCAUCCCCCUGCGCCCUGUACCUCACCAGGAGAUUUUUUUUAUUUUUUAUAACAUAAUGGUGGCAACUGUCUUGUAAACAGCGAAGGCUUCCGACUACUCCUAUCGGGCGGUGUGACAAAAGCUGAAUAUUUCGCUAAUCCUGCCUGGAUCAUUGCGUGGCUGACCAAACAGGAUGAAGGGCUAAAGCCAGUGAGUGCCAGAGCUGAACUGCAGCUGAAGCCAGUUCCACUCCCACAAGCUAGGGCUGCAGGACAGCAAGAUGGAACACAUUGUAACUUCAGGUGUCACCGGCGUGUCGGGCGUGACCCAGGUGACCGGCGUGGGUUCCAUGGCAGGGGUCACAGGUGGUGUGGUUCAGGGUGUGCAGACCCUCAGUCCUGUAGGCAGUGUUGCAAGUGUUGGCUCAGUGGCUGGUGUGGCAGGGGUUACUGGAGUGUGGUAUAAUUACAGUCCAGAUGCUGUUGGACAGAUUAUAACUACCAGUCCAGCUGUGCAAGUAGAGCUAGGGAGUCCAGAUAUUGCACGGCAAUUUAACCAACAAGUACAGGCUCAGUAUGGUAAUUUGCAGGUUCAGGUGCAAGCUGUAGCUGCCCAACCUCAAGUUGUCAAACCUCAGCCUGCUGUAACUCCUGAUCCUCUCAUGGUAAAACAGUCCAAGCCUCGGGUGCGUCAAAGUGGUGGUGAACGGGUCCCAUGCCCCGAGUGUGGAAAAACCGUAUCCUGCAAUGCUACCUUGAGGGAUCACAUGCGAACACAUACAGGGGAACGGCCUUUUGUGUGUGGUGAAUGUGGUCUGGCUUUUGCACAGCGAUCCAACCUUCGUAUGCACAAGAGGCUUCAUACUGGUGAAAGACCUUACAUGUGUGGUAUUUGUGGAAAAACUUUUGCACGUUCCUCUCAUUUGCCAGCUCACAUGCGAACCCACACUGGCGAAAAACCAUAUGUCUGUCAAGAAUGUAACCAUGCCUUUAUCACGGCCCAGCAGCUAAAGAAUCAUUUCCGAGUGCAUACUGGAGAAAAGCCCUGGAAAUGUGAUUUAUGUGAAGCUGCUUUUACCCAUUCAUCAUCAUUAUCAACGCACAAGAAAAAACACACUGGACAAAAGCCAUUCCAGUGUGAGAAAUGUAAUAAGGCAUUCUUCUUUAGUUCAGCAUUAGAUAAGCAUUUGAAAGUGCAUUCCAAGGCACGUCCCUUCAAAUGUGAUACUUGUGAGAAGGCAUUUAAAUACAAAGAAAGUUUAACAGUUCACAAAGAAAAAUAUUGUGGAAAGGAAGUUUCAAAGAAGCCAAGAGCUCCUCGUCGUCCUGAUGCCAAAAAACCAGGCCCCAAACCAGGAAGCGGUAGAAAGUACGUGCAGAAAAGGAAGGGCAGGCCACGUGGCAGGCCUCGCAAGAGAGGCCGCUGGGGAAAAAGAGGAAGACCAAGGAAGUAUAUCAAGGAAGAAGAUGAGGAAGAGGAUGAUGAUUAUGAUGCCGAAUUGGAAGCAGAGGAAGUAGCAAAUGACACUAUUAUUGAGGAAGAUUUAGAUGAAACUAAUGAGGAAGAACUAAUCCCAGAAGCCACAAUAGAUCCUCUGAAAAUAGAAAAAAUUGUUGCUGAAGAUGCAGAAUUGCAUCAUGAACACAUGGAACAUCAAGAUGAGCUUCAUCACCAUCAGUUACAGCACGAGCACCUCCAUCAUGCAACACAUGAGAUCCACAUUGAAGAUGCAACAGCACUCACUAUUGUUUCUCCUGAAGAAGCAGAGCAGGCAGCCGUGGUAGAAGCUGCUGCUGCAGGUGGGGUGCAACUAGUUACAUUGCACUCCGAGGUCCCACUUCAGAUUGUAUCACAUGACCCACAAGCGCAAGUUACCCACCAGUUGAUCACAAGAGAUGGUGUACAGAUGUGGUACCCCCGGCAAUAUCAGUGAGUUAGAUCACAGGAAAAGGUUGUGCAUCUUCUCCACAUUCAAAACAUGAAAGAAAUUCCUCAGAUUUAAAUUGAUUUCAGAAGUCUUCUGUGUGAUUCCAAACAGUGGAGAAUAAAAGGCUGGGAAAUUCCAAUUCAGUUUAAACUCUCCUGUGAUGAAAAUAUAAUGCUCCAGAAGUUUUUAAAAGUCCCUGAACUGACAAUGUCAGUUACCUUUUCAAGUCUUCUGUAAUAACAUUCUAGUUAGAGGUUAUUAUUUCGCAACAAUGUGGAUUUCAUUAUUGUGAAUUUGCAUUGUGACUAUUUUCUGUAUUUACUUGUAAGUUUGCAUGUACCGAUCUUAAGUUUAAUUGAGAUUUCCUUUGUUUUCAGCUUUGGUGCUCAGAACCUUUUAUAUAGCUGAAUAUUUUAUUUUAAACUUUUUCAGUAUUGAGUUUUUAACAUUCAAGUGUAUAUUGAGAUGUAUCAUGUUAGGAUCACUGUUUAGUGUAGUGAAGAAUUCCUUAUCCAGAUGGGCCUGGUCAGGAUAAUUCCAAGGUAAGAAAGCUCUUAUGGUGAAUGCAGUGAGCUAUGAAAUUUUUAGUUUGUGAUGAUACUUGUAUUGCAAGCUUACCAGAAGUUGAAUUAUGAAUUUUUACCUUUUUAUUGCUGUAAUCAUAUUCUAAACUAUUGACUAUUAUUGUUUUGUUAUAAGGAAAGCUAUUAGUAUUCAUUUUCCUCCCUAUUUUAGCACAACUAUUACAGCUGAUAUCAAAAUGCCUAAAAAUAUUUCUUUCAUAAGCUUCCAUAUACAUUUUUUUUCAUUAGAACUUGGAAUAAUUAUGCCACAAUUUGAUUAGCUACAGAGGCAAAAUUGCUGGAUGCAAAUGUAUCUGUGGUUAUUGCUUUCUCCUCCUCUGUUUUGAUACCUGCCUUGCAAUAGUUGACGAUAUAAUUAUUCAUAAACUGAAAUACAUUUCCAUGUGCUACAGUUGAAAUAUUGAUUGAUAACAUGUAGGCAUUAAGUUGGCAUACUGAAUGUAGUUGAAUUGUGGUAAUCAGAUUGAAUUGCAGUUGUGUGAGAAGUUGUGAGGAACUGGCAACAAGAGUAUGAAAGCAAUAGAUAUAUUUCAUUUGAAGUUUGAGUGCUGUUUGCAGUAUGUUGCAAAGCUUAUGAGAGCUGGGAUUUGUGUGUGCGAGAUAUAGAUUUUCCUUUUUUUUUUUUUUUUUUAAUCUGUUUCAUUUAUUUUCAUUUCUAUCAUUUGUCAUACAGAUAUCACCUUUUAAGACUGCAACGUAAUGGUAGCAUUUCAGUAUUUUUCCUAUGCAGUUUUACAGGAUAACAAUCUUUAUAAAAAGACUUACUUUAAACCCCAUAAGAGUAGGAUUGAUGUUAUUGUAAGACAUCUGAUAAAUUGUAUUAGAAUUUCACUGAUUUAUCAUCUUGGCAACAAGCCUUGUGUAAAGUAAAUUCAUUAAUAAUACCUUAAAGUUGUUAAUGCAAGUACUUUUUUCAAGGUCACAUUAGUAUAUUGGACAUGGGCUGUUAUGCUUGAAUCUCUUGCAAAUGUUGCAUAUAGUUGUGUUCAAGAUGAAUGAGAGGCUUGAAGGGUUUGCUGCAGAUUCAGAAAGAGCUGUGAGCUGUAAUUUAUACAUUAUAUUCCAAAAAUAAUUGCUUAGGACCAUGUUCAUAAUGAAUCAUUGUAUGUAUCAUGACAUGUAAUUAUUAAUCACAAUAAAAUAUAAAAUGUCUUAU